AUUUUGACUUUCCUAGAAGACAUCUCGCUGAACUUCAAUACACUUCUUUACAUUACUUAUGUGUAUAUGUAUGUGGCUAUCGGUUGUUUUCUUAGUUGCCGAAAUACUUUGUACUGAAGAUUCUAUAUCGUACCAAAUACAUAAUAUCGUUUAAUGAGUGAGCGUCAAGAAAUCGAUACGUCAAUACAACAUCUAUACAAAAAUUUUGGAUUUUGGGUAUCGUAUUAAUAACAGUACGGAUAUAAUCAGGAGGAUUAACAUAUGUGAGAAAGUUGUCUGGUAGAUAUUGGAGAUUGCAUAAUAAUCACUGUUAUCGAACGCGCUAACAAUAAAAGAAUAAUUUGUUUUCGUUCCACGUUCAUAUUUCAUGCAUCAACCUAUCUGAAUGACAUUAUUUGAAAUUAAUAAAAACCCCAAGAUCAAGUGAUUUGACGUCUGAUGAUGGAAUGAUGUAUGUUUGAUGGAUGAAGUACAGCACACUGUAGAUUGAUUCAUGGAUCAAUCUAUAGAUGAUGUCAAGACUCUAACUAUUAGGGUGAUCGACCAUAUGUUUAAAAUCCCCUCAGACCAAGGAUAUGGCUCAAAUGAGUUCAAAUCAAUCAUUCACCUUUUCGAUAGGAGUUUUUUUGCCAUCGAGAAUUCUAAAAACGCAAUGGAAGAUUAUCGCCUUUGGAUAGCUACAAAAGUGUUAUCUAGCGGUGAGUACCCCUACCGUCUUACUCAGAUCUUUACCAACUUGGGAGAACAUUCCUUCGGAUCUCUGAGUGUUGGGAAAGAAUCCUACAAUGAACAGUACAUUGAAUUGCUAUCAUCCUUUCAGUUGACUUUGUGCAAUUAUCUUGAACUAAGUGAAUUACUGGCAGAGAAAAUGUCAAUGCAAGAUGCUUAUUUGAAGGAAAUAUAUCGUAUUCAUCAAGCCAUAUUGUCAUACAACGGAACUUGUAGUGAGGAAAAGAAAAUCACGUUGGUGGUAGAAAUAGUUGUAAAAACCCUUUACAACAUGCUGCAACACGAAAGCCCAAUAAUAUGUUCUGCCCUCAAAAAGCAUAAUCUCAUAGAUAUUGUUACACAUUAUGCGAAGUCCACGAAUACUAAUUUGCAAAUAGCUUCUUAUCUAAGCUUAGCGUACAUUUAUAAUGAAGAUCAGCUAAUACCUGGGGAUGACGAAAAUAUAAAUUUUAUGGUGAAUAUGCUCGCUUCUGCUCUUGAUAAACCCUCGACAAGGAUAUAUGGUUACUCAUGUGAAGAAAUCUUAAAAGGAUAGUUCUAUUUACAUGUUUUAUUUACUUUGGUUGUCAUCAUAUUGUUCACAGUUUAACAAACUUAAUUAAGCGCCAUGAACGCCUUUAUUGACAUUGGAGGCGCAAACUACUAUUUCUGUACUUGAAGAAGUCAUAUGAAAAUCCUUUGUUUCCCCCAUUUCAUUCGUAUAUUUUACUUUUCCUCAGUCCCUUACCCACAGGUUUUGUAAAGAAGAAGAAACCAAACGGGCUUGACUUUUGAGAGCUGUUUUACUGAAAACCUGAUCUCAGCAGUUAUUUCAGAUAUCAGCCGGACAAAUCUGUUUAUCUCAGUUGAAUACUGUGUGUUAAGAGGUCUUCAUGAAACAGUUUAUUCUUUAGUGGUUUUUCUUACAGGAAGUCAAACAUUUCUAUUGACCUGCAGUAUUGUAUUUCAUUAUCACUAUUUCUUACGACAGGCUUUUCAACAAAAUGCUAUCGACUCCGUAACUGAUUCCUUACACUUGAUGAUCAUGUUUUAGUAGACUUCUUUGAACAUUUUUUGAUUGCUGUCUGUUACAUGGAGGAUACUUACUUUACAGAGUUCCUAAACGUUAUUCAAUAAUAACUAGUUGUAAAAGUUCAGAGCCAAAUAUUGUAGUACAGUUAUGAUACAAGGAAUACUGUUGAAUGGUACAAAAGCACAAACGAUUAACAGGCCAUCCUGGUACGAAUAAGAUUCUAUGACACUAAAAAACGGUAUUUUAUACAAACGAAUGUCACAAUUCUAAUAAUUCAUAGACAGUUAAAGAGAAAUCAGAUAGUAAAUUAGAACGGUUUCAUUCAUCCUAAAUAAAACAAGAUUCCAUGCAUAACGCGACAUAAAUAAACUCGAGCCGUUUGACCAAUUGGCAACAGUGAUAUUUGCUAAAAAAUUAAAAUAAACCACUAAUUAUCCAAGUAUGUAAGAUUACUCAAAAACAGGUUGUCGAAAUUACAGCGACGAUGCCUUUAAUCACCCAUAGAGCUUUUAAAAAUAGAAUUCGGCCAUUCAUAAAUACCGUCGCGAAAUUGGCUCAAUCUAACUGUGUAGUGCUUUCUCUCUUUCUAGACACAUUUGUCGUUUCGAUCUGAGUUUUUUAUCAGUUGUUACUUUCAGUAAUUGUCAACCAGGAACAAUAUUACAGCUUUCUUUGUGUUUAUGUUAGAUGCAUCACGUUUCAAACAUAACGACGUUUUUUCAUAAUUUUCGGCCAAUCGUCUAUAAGGUUCUGUUUGGUCGUGAAUUAAAUCAUUGUCUUUUAAUUCCCAUUUAGGGAUAAAUUGUUACUGUGAGCACCAAUACUGACAUACAGAUAUACUGGGUUGAUAAGCCUAAUGUGAGAUAAAAAAGGGCAAACUGAACCCCACUUCUAACUACGAUUUCUAUGUUAUAAAAGCAAAAAUCUUCUGGAAUUUCGGCUCAGAAGGCCACCUCACAAGAUGUGUACAAGAAGAGAUAAUACAUGUGGAAAUUUCAUUAGACUUUUACAAUGAGUAUUUCAUAAUUGUGUCAUUAAUUUGAUCAAUGUCAAUAUCAGUGCAAGUUUCCAUAGAUAAUAUUAGAAUAACAUUCAAAAAAUAUUUAAUACAAUCACGAACAGCCUUUUGGUGUAAAAAAGGUUGAAUUCACUAUCACCGAAAAAGUUUUUUUGAAACGACACUUACCAGUAACCAAUAAAGGAGUCAUUUAUUGCUGUUGGGUGAUCGAUUUGUCACUUUCACUUUGAGAACGAAAUUUAGGCCGUCCAAAUAUAGACAAUCCGUGUUCCUUCUUUUAAUAUUUUUACAGGUUUGAGACUAUUGGCAUCUAGUGAUCAAAACAGACAGUUCAUAUGCCAGUCGACUAUACUGCAAAGCAUUCAGUGCACUAUAAAAACACUGACAGGAAAAGUAUUAGAAGAAGUUAUACUUUUUCUAUUGAAAUUAACACUCAACUCUGGGACAAGAGACAGAAUAAGAAGAGACUUUGGGGUCAUAUUGAAGAAUUUAGACAUGUCUUUCAUAGCGCAAGAGUCUGAAACCUCAAACAACAUAAAGAAAGCACUUAAUAGCAUUUUAUGGCAGAUGAGUCAAGAUAAGAAUUCACUAGAUUAUGAAUCCAACUUAAAUUCUUCUACGCAACUUGAACAUUUAAUGAUAAGUUAUAGUCAUAAACAGAAAGAAACUGCAAUAAAUCUUACAAAGCAUUUAAAAGAAAAAGGAUAUAAGGUAUGGUUCGAUCAAGACAAUCUGAAAUAUGCUGCAAAUACAUUUAGAAGUAUGGCUGAAGCCAUAGAAAAAUCUUAUGCUGUAUGUAUUAUAUAUUCCGAGAAUUAUAAAAAUAGCGAAUAUGCUGAAAUGGAAGCAACAUAUGCAGUUUGUUUGAAAAAACCAAUUAUUUGCUUACGUGCACAACGUGACUACAAACCAAAGGGUUGGCUUGGUCUUAUAACUGCCCGAGAAAAUCGUAUCGACAUUUCUGGAAAGUAUCCAUUUGAUGAGUAUUUUUCUACUUUAUGUCGAAGAAUCAAUGAAUGCAUAAAAAUCAAAACGGACCAUUGUAGUUGAUCACAAAUAUUUCUCGAUUUAAUCUUGGCGUGAUUUUUGAAUAGACGAAAGAAUUUUACGCGCCUGGCAACAAAUAACCUCGAAACAUAACUGACAGUGUGUGUAAUCAAGUUCAAACUUAAAACAAAUGUGAAGAUUGUAUGUUUUUGAUUUGAUUUUUUAAAUGACAUUGUAAACUACGUAUGUAUACUGCAUACAUUUCAGAUAUCUCUAUGCAAGGAAUUAUGAGAGCGUAUACUUCCAUUUAUUUUAAAUCUUCUUGGUGGAAUGUUCAUGGUUUACUAGAUUUCAUUCUUUAUCUUUUGUUUACUUAUUGUAGUUUCUAUUUUAAUGAUGACUUCUUUCGAAAAAUUUCGUUACUUCGUUUAAAAAACAAAAUCAGUUUUAUUUAUCUUGGCUCAUCCAAGAAUCAUUGUUAAGCACUAGUGGAAAGGGUAUAUGUUACAUUGCAUUUAAUAGUGUUAUGUCUACAAUUAACAUAUUUUGAGAAUGAAGCAUAUUUGGAAGAAUUUUGUCAUGAUAAUGUAACUGUUGAAAUGUAACUUUUUUCCCAUAUUUUAAAUCAAACAGUUAUAACUUAUAAAAAUCAAUCCAUUGAAUGUUGUUCAGUCCAAAAUUCUGUAAUGCUUCCAGCUAAACAUUAAAUAUUUUGGUGAUAAUUCAAACGUUUUCAUAUGUUUCAAUAAAAAGAGGAUGAAAAUAUUCUUAGAAUAAGAUUAUUUCAAUGGACAUUGUUGCUUUUGAUCCAUCUACAAUGUACAAUUUGAUAAGUAUAAUUGAUUGAAGCAACUAAAAAGUUUGGAAUGUUUGAAAAAAAAAACUUGAUACCAG